AUGGAACCAGACCAAGACGAAAACACACCAACCACGGAACCGAUCCGCUUCCGCGCCGGGAAAAAGAGAAAGGCAUAUCGCCAACGACCUACCGAAGAAAAGGGCCAUGACGUAGCGACCGUGAUUCCAGCUCCGUCCGUCCUGCCAGGCGCGUCGACGCUUCAGGAUGGACGAGACGCAACCGACGACGCCAACGCAGAAACGCAACCGAGAGAUGUUGACAUGGAUAACAGCAAUGAUGAUGGCGAUGACGAUGGCGACGAUCGAAUGGAUGGGGAAUCAGCCGUGGCAGCUGCGUUGCGCCUCCGCAAUGCGCGCCGCGCAGGUCGUCGAGGAGGCGUGGGCUUCCGCUCAGAAGGCCGAAACCAAGACGAGAACGGCAACGCAGACGCAGAGCACGCGCUGGUGCUCCGAGACGCAGACAGAGACAGAGACGCCGCGCACGACCGCAUCGUCGGCGGCAUCACCAACCGCUUCAUGCACCAGACCGGCCUCCUCACCAUCCUCGACGACAAACACAUGAAUGAAUACAUAGAAUCCCGCCUCGCUAACCGCUCCGCCGACCCCCACGGCACAUCUCCCUCCUCAUCACAGCCCGCGUCCCACUCCGCGACCAACACAAGUUUCGCCGGCGGUCACAACAACCACCAGGAUAAGUGGCGCGACCAGCCCACCCGCCACGGCAAGCUCGUCGAGGUCGACAUGGCGAACCUCGACAGCGCAAGGAACAACCACAGCAGCGACAGCAACAAGCGCCGCCGCGUCGAAAAGGAUGCCGUCGCCAAGCCGCCUCCUCGCCGCGGCCGCAACCGCCGCAAUAGCCAGGACGUUGCGCGCGAUGCCCUCGUCGAGCAAUUCCUUCAUGAAAACCGCCUCGACGUCUACAACGUCCCCUCCUCCUCAAGGCCAACAGCUUCUUCCGCCCCCGGCGCAGAUCCCUCCGCCGACGACCGCCUCGCCGAGGAGUUCCGGCAGCAGUACUACGACGAGCAGGCCAUGCGCCGCAAGAAGAAGCGUCCCGUGCAACAGCAGAAGCAGCAGCAGCAGCAGUCGGGCGAUGUUCUCAAGGGCCCCAAACUCGGUGGCAGCAGGAACAUGAGAGCAGCUGUAAGAGACAAACUGCUGCAGCAGGAGAAGGAGAAGAAGGGCAAGUAG